UGAUCAUCUAUACCUUUUCAUACAGAAUGGAUACUGAGAAGCCAUCUAGUUCUCUUAACCCCGGAGAAGAAAUGCAUAACAGUCAAAUUAACUACGGCUAUCAACCACAUAAAGGAGAAGUGCCAGCCUACAAUGCCCCUGCUUAUUACCCUCCAACAUCUACUGUGGUGACCAUCAUUCAAGACAAUUCUGUGAUCAAAGAUCACAUCAUAUGGUCCAUCUUCAGCACUCUGUACAUGAAUUGCUGCUGCUUGGGGUUUGCUGCUCUCGUGUUCUCUGUGAAGUCCAGAGAUCAGAAGUUGCUGGGAAACAGGGUUGGUGCAAAGAGUUACAGUGACACCGCCCGUAACCUGAACAUCACCACUACUACUAUAGCCACACUAUGGUUUAUUCUAAUGAUCAUCUUAUUUGCAUCUGGAAUCUUGACUUUCCGCUCCUAUAACACACAUACAUAA